CGGCCCCGUCGCGCCGCGCCGGCGCGGAGGGCGCAACCACCGUCAGUGCGCCACUCUCCGUGCCGAUCUCAUGCUGGUCGGUGUCUGCGUGCCACUUUGCAUCCGCAAGCCGCAAGGCGGGUAUAGAGAUGGCACGCUUCGGCUGCAGCGUGUCGUCGUUGUCGGCUGUGUCAACGACGUGCGCCUGCAGCUUCAGCAGGGAUUCCAUCGUCCGCCCCAAUAUUAAUUGGUCUGGGUGCUGCAGUCCUUUCCUGCAGAGUAAACUUCAGGGAAAGUAUGCCCUCCACCCCCAACAACAACAAGAAAACACCAAUACCAACAAACAUAGAAGCAGGAAACAAUAUUCUCGCAAGAGGAUUGAAGAGCAGAUGCGAGUACUCCCCCUACUCAAUGAACUCGGAAGGGGGAAACAAACAAAAUAA